AUGGGUGACCACUAUGGCUUCUCUCUGACCACAUUCAGUCCGUCAGGAAAAUUGAUGCAGAUCGAAUACGCACUGAAUGCAGUGAAAAAUGGCCAGCCGUCAGUCGGACUAAGAGCUAAGGAUGGUGUGGUGCUGUCGACUGAAAAUAUUGCCUCUGUAUUGUUUGAAGAUCAGCCGAAAAUCGAGAAGAUUAGCAAGCAUAUCGGAUGUGUGUACAGUGGAAUGGGCCCAGACUUCCGAAUUCUUGUCAAACGAGCUCGAAAGAUAGCCAUGGAAUAUGAAAUGAUGUAUGGAGAAGAAAUUCCCACAACUCAACUGGUUACACAGAUUGCAGCUGUCAUGCAGGAAUA